AGCGGACAGCGACUGAAAGGAUUUUCUAGCUUUCAGUUUGUAUCGGCAUUUCACCCAAGACGGUAAAAAGCCCAAACAGCGUACACAAUAUAAACGGGGCAUAUACGUAAUAUUGAUGUUGCUGCCUGCACACAUUUAUAAAUUCACUUAAACACAAAGCUAAAAUGGCAAGAAAAUUGAUAUUGUAUUAAAGCCAGAGCAGACACAACACGGCCGGGCCACUGACUAGGGGUGCGAAUGUCAUACUACAAGGAACAUAGAGAGACACCUGACAUCUGACAUUCUGCCUGCCCAACCCACUGACUGCCUAAAGAGCCGCACGUAGCACGUAGCGAGGUUGGGCGUUUCAUAUUACUAAGCAAAGCUUUUGCGGCAUGGCAGUCGACUGAGGCAAGGACACAUGCAAAUGCGGCAAGACCAAGCUGCCUGUUAGCGAAUCUUCAUAGCACCUAGCACCUGGGCGGCAUUAACUUAGUUGACCCAUUGGAAGCCAAAGCCAAACAUGCUGCGCAGCUGUGUGUGCCUGCAGAGCGGCGGCAAGCGUCGCGGCUCCUCCUCCGUCGAAGAUGCGUCGUCGUGCCGCUCAUCGGAAAUCGAACGUGUCGGCGCCAGCAUGCAGAUGACCAAUGGACAGUCACAAACGCCGCCAGCCACGAGCAGCACCUCCUCCAGUUUGCUACAGCUGUUUCAUAGGAAAGGUUGGUGCAAGCAUUUUCGCAAACCGCUGCGCGGUAUGAGCUCAUCGAGGGCUGAAAAAACAAUUAGAGCUGCAAUUUUUAUACAAAAGUGGUAUAGGCGUCAUCAGGCGCGACAGGAAAUGCGCAAACGCUGCAAUUGGCAAAUAUUUCAAAAUCUCGAGUAUGCCAGCGAACAGGAUCAGGCUGAGCUCUACAAAUUUUUCAAUGAUCUCAUUAAGCACAUGCCACAGGCAGCUGGUGGCGCUGGUACCAAAUCGCAAACAGCGACACAUGUUUCGCUUUUGGAUGAUAAAGACAUGCUCAUGGAGGAGGCCACCGACAUAGUGUCCACAAAAAUAGAAAUGCCCAUAAAAAAGCAGCAUAUCGAUUUGUUAAUAGAUGUGUUUCGCAAAAAGAGAUGCAACCGCUUGCAUCCCAAAUAUGUGGCUCUUAUACUGCGUGAAGCUGCUAAAUCUCUCAAGCAAAUGCCAAACAUAUCGAUGGUCACCACAGCGGUGUCCCAACAGGUCACAGUCUGUGGUGAUCUGCAUGGUAAACUCGACGACUUGCUUGUUGUGCUUUAUAAAAAUGGUUUACCCUCGUCUUCCAAUCCGUAUGUCUUCAACGGCGACUUUGUGGAUAGAGGCAAAAGAGGUCUGGAGGUGCUGCUGUUGCUUCUAUCGCUCUAUUUGGCGUUUCCCAAUGCGGUUUUUCUAAAUCGCGGAAAUCACGAGGACAGCGUGAUGAAUGCACGCUACGGUUUCACACGCGAGGUGGAGUCCAAGUAUCCACGCAAUCACAAGCGUUUACUGCUGUUGAUUGAUGAGGUAUACCGCUGGCUGCCCUUGGGUUCCAUUUUGAACAGCCGUGUGCUCAUUGUACACGGCGGCUUCUCAGAUAAUACCAGUCUAGACUUGAUCAAAAGUCUUGACAGAGGCAAGUAUGUUUCCAUUUUGCGUCCACCUUUGACCAGUUCCGAACCGUUGGACAAAACUGAAUGGCAACAGAUCUUUGACAUUAUGUGGAGCGAUCCACAGGCCGUAGUUGGCUGUACACCAAAUACUUUGCGUGGUGCUGGUGUUUGGUUUGGUCCGGAUAUUACGGAUCUAUUCUUGAAACGCCAUAGACUCAGCUAUGUGAUACGUUCCCAUGAGUGCAAGCCCAAUGGCUAUGAGUUUAUGCAUGAUAAUAAGAUUAUAACCAUCUUUUCGGCCUCGAACUACUAUGCCAUGGGCUCCAACAAAGGCGCCUAUAUGCGUCUCAAUAGUCAGCUGGUGCCGCACUUUGUCCAGUAUGUGUCUGCGGCCUCGCAAGUGAAGCAGCUCUCGUUCAAGCAACGCAUGGGCAUUGUGGAGAGCUCGGCAUUGAAGGAGUUGGCUGUAAGAAUGCGCGAGCAGCGCACUGAGCUAGAAGCAGAGUUCAAGUUACAUGACCCGGACAAUACGGGCUCUAUAAGCAUUGCCAAAUGGUGUGCUGCUAUGGAAAACAUAACCAAGUUGGGCUUGCCCUGGCGUUUGCUACGCGAUAAGCUGGCGCCAGGCACAGACAGUCAGAGCGUGAACUAUAUAAGAACACUUGAUCUGCUUGACACAGAUGUCAUAAUGGAAGCCGAAGCGGAUGGCACUACAGUAAUGGAUGCUUUAUAUGCCAAUAAGACGAGCUUGGUGACCAUAUUCAACAUUAUCGAUGCUGACAAUUCAAGUGAAAUAACGCUGGACGAGUUUGAGACAGCCAUUGACUUGAUGGUUGCUCACAUGUCAGGUGUUUACUCGAAAGCUGAAAUGUUGGAAAAAUGUCGCAUGAUGGACCUCAAUGGUGAUGGAAAGGUGGAUUUGAAUGAGUUCCUCGAAGCAUUUCGUUUAAGCGAUUUACACAGAAAGCAACAACAAGAGGCUGAUAUACGAAAGCGCUCUAACAAUCGAUCUCAAAUAAAUCAGCCACCCUCGGAUUCAGUUACCAAGCUGGCAAACACAAUAUCUAGGAAUACUCUGGUAGUUGAGCAGGAUAUCGAUCCAACAGAUUGCGAGGCGAAAAUUAUUGAAACCUAAGCACCUUUAAGCAUAGUACAAUUUCCAAUAAGCAUAGUCCGAUCGUAUCUUUCAACGAUUUGCCAAAUUCUUUAUGCUUAUAUGCUGCUUUUAAGAUACCUCUGAUCAUUCCCAACAAUAUCUCAUAGAGCUCCGUUGCGAUCGAUUUUAA